CCCCCCUUGCCCAUGCAAAACAAGACUUUUAAUUGGUUGCAGCGCUUCCUGGAGGCAUGCAGAUGUCGCAGGAGGCUCCUCCCACGCACCUGAUGGGAGUAUUUACGUGUCUUUUACCGCAACUCUCAGCACUGCUCUCACUGGUUCCAACAUGACUCCCCACACUUGAGCAACGAGGAUUUCCGUCUCUGCGCGCACACACUCGAGUAACGUCCGUUCGUGGAGUUUGCAGUCGGUGGAAAGUUUUGUGUUCCCAAAAUGCCACGCUCCUUUCUGGUGAAGAAGCACGUCAACUCCGCCAAGAAGCCCAACUACAGCGAGCUGGAGGGUCCGACAGUGCUCAUCAUGCCGCAUUUCUACAAGGGCCUCCCGCUGCCUGUCAUCCCCCAGCCGGAGUUCCUGAGCCCGGCCGCGUACAGCCCCAUCACGGUGUGGACCACCAGCAGCCUGCCGCUCUCCCCGCUCCCCAGCGACCUCUCCCCGCUCUCCGGAUACCCUUCCUCGCUUUCCUCCUCCUCCUCCUCCUCCAAGGACCACAGCGGCUCGGAGAGCCCGAGGAGCGACGAGGAGGAGCCGCUGCUGCUCUCCAAGCUGGCGGAGGGCGCGCAGGACGCGGACAAGUUCCAGUGCGCGCAGUGCGCCAAGUCCUACUCCACCUACUCCGGACUGCUCAAGCACAAGCAGCUGCACUGCGAUGCCCAAACUAGGAAAUCCUUCACUUGUAAAUACUGCGAGAAGGAAUACGUCAGCUUGGGAGCUCUCAAGAUGCACAUUAGAACUCACACUUUGCCUUGCGUGUGCAAAAUAUGCGGCAAAGCCUUCUCCAGGCCCUGGUUGCUGCAGGGACACAUCAGGACGCACACUGGAGAGAAGCCGUUCUCGUGUCCUCACUGCAACAGAGCGUUUGCAGACCGCUCCAACCUCAGGGCUCACUUGCAGACCCACUCGGAUGUGAAAAAGUACCAAUGCAAGAACUGCUCCAAAACCUUCUCCCGGAUGUCUCUUCUGCACAAGCAUGAGGAAUCUGGUUGUUGUGCAGCACACUGAACACAAGGGAUACUCUUUUUCCACUAGGAGACUCUUUUUUUUUUUUUUCUCCUCCCUGCUUCUUGGUUUUUUUGGAAGCAGGGAGUCUUCAGUUUACCUGUGCUAUUCAUGCACUUCCCGCAUGUCUGCAAUCUUCCAAAUGCCUUCACUUUUGCUCUGACAGAUCAAUUCGAGGGGGAAAAAGCCAAGGGAAUACUGAAGCCAUUGUUACUACUUCUUUUUAAUUAGGAGGGGGAAGAAAAUUUGCACAAUCGUUACAAGAGAGAUUGCCGUAGUCCUCCUUUAAAGUGCCUCUGUUUUUUUACUCUUUAUAUAUAUUUUUAUAUUAUACCGAAUGUAAGCGUGACUGCGAUGAUUGUACAUUUGUGGUGUUUUUUUUACUCUCAUGACACUUUGGCUAAUAAAGUCUCAUGGCUUUUUGUAGAAAUUGGAAGCA